AUGUCUGCGACGCCUGAACAAGAACCCUCUGAUGGGUCGACGAACGUCGGGGAGGACUCAACACAACCCAUCCACGACCGGAAUAACUCCGUUGCGGAAGAGCCAAAGGAGCCCCGACCAGGGCUCUUGAAAAGGGCUGUCGCAAAGAUCAACCUAGAUCUCCCUACAUUUUUGCUGAUGCUCAAAGGAGGAGUACCACCAGCAAUUGCUCUUGCAUCGUACCAGAGUGACGGCUGGGCCAAACAAUACUCGACUCUGGGGUAUCUGGUCGCCAUUAUCUCAACUUUAUCCAUGCCCAUCCUCCCUCGGGCGAAGUACGUUCAGGGCUUAACUAACUCUCUUAUCGCCAUAUGUCUUGCAGCGGCGAUGGGGCUUCUGGCAAUCCAAUGCGCCGUGGCUGCCCGUCAGCACGGCCAUACGCACAGCGCCUCCACCACCACCGGCUCUUCUGGAAGUACGCAAUCCACAGAUUAUAGUGCAGCAGCCAGUGUCACAGCAUGCGUGUGGUUGUUCUUCAAUCUGUACAUGACGAAUACGAUUCGAGCACUCCGACCUCAACUUUUCCCUACGUCUAUUCAGUACAAUAUCUUCACUGUUGUUCUUUCCACAUACGCCCCGACCUUUCCCAAUAUGACGGCGGGGAUGGAUUUUGUGCAAAGAUUGCUCAAGGUCUUUUUGACUGGAUACGCUCUUGCCGCUGGAGUAUCUUUGUUUCUGAUACCCAUCUCUUCCAGGAUGAUAUCUUACAAGCAAAUGGCGGGAAUUAUGAAUCUCAUGAAGGACUGCUUGAGUAUCCAUGCAGCAUACCUGCAUGGCAUUACGCGCCACGAGGAAAUGAUCGGACGUGUGGACGAGAACGGAACACCGGUUCCCAUAUGGGACAAUCCGGAAGCGACGGUGUCCAUGCAACAGGCCGAGGAUGCCGCGAAAAAGCUGAAGAUGAAACUACAGCAGAUGUCGCAAUUAUUUUCUCGGCUCAAGAUCGAGAUCAGCUUCGCAAAGAGAGAAGUGGGCUGGGGAAAGCUACAAGCUGGGGACUUCACCAAGAUCUGGAAUCUAUUGCAGGAUAUCCGUCUUCCUCUUUCCGGACUGUCAACGUUUAUUGAUAUUUUGCAGUCUAUCAAACAUCAUAAAGCGGCGGGAGAAGACGUGAUCUCUGAUAUGGAGACAGUUGAAGCCAUCCGUCGUAUGGAAGCGGAUGAGUGGACCGAGAUUAUCAUCAUGUCUCGUGGGCCAUUUCACAAAGUCAGACUCGGCCUGGCCGAUGGCUUGGCCCAUAUUGGCUACGUGCUGGAGCUCGUGCCACGACCGAAAGCUGCGAACAAGGAUCUGGAGAAAGCGGCCGACGCAUCUCCCGCUCCAGGCGACCCCAAGUUCGCAGACUACUUGGAGACCGAGAUCAAGUUGUUCGAACAACAUCGGCAGGAUACCCUGCGCGAGUGGUGUGAGAAGAAGGGGAUAGAUGUCCCCUCCACGUUUUGGGAAGACCCUUCGGUUCAGUACAACUUCAAAGAUUCGGACUCUGUCGACGGCACUGUACGCCACAAGGAGAAUCACCAGCAAUUAUACCUGAUUCUCUAUCUCCAGUAUUUGCUGCACUCUGUUUGCCUCACUAUCCUGGACAUGGUUCGUUUCGCCGACUCCAAGGUGCAAGAUGGAACCAUGAAGAAGAACAAACUCAUAUUGCCUGGAUGGAGACGAAUCAGGAAGUUGAUGCAGAGCUCAUUCAUGCAAGCCGAUUCGACUCAAGAAAGUCCUGAUGGAGAAACGAAUGGCAUCAUCGUCGCACUUGGAGCUUCGUUAAUGUCCGGAAGGAAGGACCCAGAACAUCUCCCUCCCACCACCUGGUAUGAACGCGCCAGUGACCACUUGAGGUUGAUUCCCAAGUUUUUUGCCUCUCCGCAGUCCGCAUUCGGCUUUCGGGCGGCGGUGGGCAGCAUUAGUCUGGCAAUCAUUGGUUAUAUUCGCCAGACCAGCCACUUCUUCCUUGCCCAGCGUGGCAUCUGGGCGGUGAUCAUGGUCGCCAUCUCGAUGGGCCCCACAGCCGGAGUUGGCGUGCAAGGCUUUAUCGGCAGAAUUCUAGGCACGGCUAUAUCGACGGGAGCAGCGCUUACCAUCUGGUACAUGUCGGACGAGAAGACCGGGGCCAUCAUCCCUCUCGCGUACAUAUAUUUCGUGUUCUGCUUCUACUUUGUUCUGAAGAAGCCGAAAUAUAUCAUCGCCGCGGUCAUCUCUGUGGUGACGGUCAUUCUGAUCAUUGGAUACGAGCUCCAAGAUCGGAAGGUGGGCACGCAAGUCCUGGAGACCAGCGGGCAGGCAUUCUACAACAUAUAUCUGUUGGCUCCAUACCGACUGGCGUCGGUGGUUGCCGGCAUCUCGGUCGCGUUCAUCUGGACCUAUUUCCCCUAUCCGAUCACCACGCACGCGACGCUGCGCAAAGACCUCGGCGUCGCACUGUACAUGAUGGCCAACUUCCACUCCCUCACGCACUCGACCGUGGAGACGAAACUACGGCACGGCUCUCUGCCCCGCGGCAACGACAAGUCCUGCCCCAUGAGGAGGCUGGACAAGGCCCGCCACAAGCUGUACGAGAAGAUCAUGGUCAUGAUGAACCGGCUGCGCGAACACUCGGCCUUCACCGUCUACGAGCCCAUCUUCGGCGGCAAGUUUCCCAAACAGACGUACGACGAGCUCAUCGCCCACAUGCAGCGCCUGAUCAACUACAUGGCCCUGAUGUCGUGGUCGUCGCAGGCCUUCAACUCCAGCCCGGACGGCCAGGAGAGCGAAUGGCUGCGCGACUUCCGCCGCGCCACCGUCGAGUCGCGCAUCACCAGCCACGAACUCACUUCCACCCUGUAUCUGCUGUCGGCGAGCAUAACCAACAUCCAGCCGCUGCCGCCGUACAUCCGCGUCCCCGUCCCCAUCGACAUUGCCGACCAGCUGUCGGCCAUCGACCCGGGCAUCCUCAGCACCAAGCACAUCGACGAACCGUGCUACGCCGCUUUCGCCGUGCUCGAGAUCGCCAGCAUCCUCGUCAUGGAGGAGGUGUCGCACGUCCUGGCCAAAAUAAAGGACCUGGUCGGAGAAGUCGACUUUUCCGUCCAUCUGAUCGGCACCGGCGCGAGCUCGGCUGAUAACUCGUAUGUGAAGCUGAACAAACCCCGCAAAGGCAAGGCUGAGUAG